CUUGUUGUAGCUGGAAAAUGAGGCGUUGGAUCUGGAAUGAACACGAGGCGGUUCCACCUCCCUGGUCUCGAAUAACAUGCUGCGGAUCAUCAGGCUCCUUUUACCCAUCAGAAAUAAAACUCCUCGAAUGAUCCAUCGCGUUCCUGUUUAAUAUUCGUAUGAAAGUACGUGCUCAAAUGAAAAUCUAAAACUAAAUCUCCCUCUUCACUUUUGCAGCAAAUAUGAUCACGACAGGAAUGAAAUCACGACAGAGAAAAAGCUUGGAGCGUAAGUACAUACCUACAGCUAUUAGGAAAGGAACGAUAUCAGCGAAGAGGGUGCGGCGUAAAGAACGUCGACCUCGUCGUUUCGUAUAACUUUACACACUUCGCUGAUUGAAAAGUCUUAAGUUUUCUCUCGAACAACAAGAUGGGUCGGAAUAAGCCGACGCACUUCGUGACGAAAAAGAAGAAGCUGGAGAAGCGGCUGCUGAACUCCACUAAGAAGGUGCACAACAAGCAGAAGACGAAGCUGGCGACCCGGAAGACCGCGACCAAGAAGUCAUCGUUUCUGGGCAACCGGCUGGAGCGGAAAAUAAAGGAUCUGCAGCACAGCCGCGACCUGGUGGACGCCCUGGAGCAGGCACGGCAGCGCCAGGAUGACUUCGACGGAAAAGCCGCGGAGGAGCAGCAGCACGCCGAGGAGGAGGCUCAUACUGGGGGAGAAAACCGGAAUCGCGAAGCGGAAAACACCCGGAGAAAGUUCUACCAGGAGCUGAGGAAGGUGGUCAACGCCAGCGACGUGUUAAUUCAGGUACAAAGAUUUGUCGUCAGAUAAGCUUUUUUUUUUUUCUGGACUACAUAAAAAAGCUGUUGCCUUCCCGCACGCCGCGGCUGUGAGAUGAUGUAGACCACCUCUGUCAUCUAUCUGUUUGUGAUUUGAAUGCGUGCCUACUACUGUAAUUAUGUUGAGAUACUGCUGUUUAUUCGUAUUCCGUCGAGAGAAAUUCGUGAGAAGAUAAUUCUGCGGCUAGUUAGCGGGACUGCACGCACCAGAACAAGUCUCUAGUCGCGGGAUCGAACUCGUCGACAUUUUACCUCUGAGAUUGAUUGUCGGUGUUGAAUGAAAAAUUUGAGUUGAUUCCACGCAAGCGCUAAUAUCUACACGUAUAAAAAUCAAAGGUCCUGGAUGCGCGCGACCCGGAGAGCUGCCGCAACCGGCAGAUCGAGCGGGAGGUGUUGUGCUCGAAGGGGAAGAAGAUGAUUCUGUUGCUGAACAAGGUGGAUUUAAUCCCGAAGGAAGCGGCUUCCCUGUGGAUGCAGCGGUUGCAGCGGGAGUUCCCGACGCUGUUGUUCAAGUGCGGGACCAACAAGGGGCAGAACCUCACCAGUGCCGCCCACGCGAAGGAGGCCCAGCUGCAGAGCACCACGGCCGUGCUGGGCGCGGACACACUGCUGCAGCUGCUGAAAAACUACUCGCGGAGCUCCGCGGGCUCCAAGAAGGCAAUCGCGGUCGGAGUGUUUGGCUACCCAAACGUCGGAAAGUCGAGCGUCAUCAACUCCCUGAAACGCUGCACCGCCGUCAAGGCUGGAGGAACCGCCGGGGUUACCAAAGCGUAUUAUUCGUUUUUUAUUUAUUUCUUGGUUCACAUUCAGAGUUUACUCCGCAUGAGCCGUUGACGUUCCGCACUCGUAGUUCUGCCAGCCGCGAGGAGAUACGUACAUUGGUAGUAAGGAAGAGGGCACAUAUUUCUGCGCACGUCAGAAAGAAAACAGUCGUGUUGCGUUGAAAGAAGUUUCAAUUUCACCGGUUGUAAUAGAGGCGGAUAUUAUUGAGCUGUUGCUGCGACUCCAUCGAGCAUUGUCGACAGAAGUAGCCACGUCCUAACGUCAUUUGCAGCAUCGGACAGCAACGAAGGAAUGCGUCAGAUGAGCAGAGUAUGAACAUGCCCUGGGCGCUCUGAACAUGAAGGAAAAAUCGGAUCAAAUUUUUGGGUGCUAUGUAUAGUAUCAUCAUCCUUGUUAGUGUGGAUUGUUCUGCUGCGAGCAAAUACGACAACUCGUCAUCUCUCCUUAUCAACGUCUCCGCAGGUACCAAGAAGUAAUUCUGGAUUCCAAGAUUCGGUUGAUUGACAGUCCGGGGGUGGUUUUUUCGGGCAAGUCCGAGGACCCCUCGGUUGUGUUGCGGAACGCCGUGAAGGUGGAAACGCUGAAAGACCCGGUGCGGGUGGUGGAGCAGCUCUCACAGCAGAUCCCGUUGCAGAAGCUCGUGAGCCACUUCUUCGACGACGGAGGGGAAGACGAAUCUGCGACGUCCACGGUGCUGUUGGUGAACAAUAACAAAGCGAAAACUACUGCUGGUGGUGCUGGUUCGUCCUCCUCCUCAUCCUCUGGGAUGCAGCGCCAGCACUCGACCCCGCAACUCGACCCCGCAACGCUGCUGAACGUGAGGGAUUUCCUGAUCAGCAUCGCCACGUCGCGGGGACAGCUGAAGCGCGGGGGCGCGGCGGACUUGUCGCGCGCCGCCGUGCUUGUGUUGAAGGAAAUCGCGUGCGGAAAGUUCCGCUACCACGUCCUACCGCCAACAGACAAUGGAAAUAACGGACUUGCGGACAGCAACGAUAUCGACAUGAUGGCGGACGAGGUAGAAGAUCGUGGGUCUUCAAUAUUAACCUCCUCCUCGAGGCCCAAAGGGACCCAGAUCGUUGUCACGAAGGCGGCCUUCAACAUCGACGACAUGGCGGAGGUUAAGGUCCUCGGGAAGAAUGAAGAAGAGGGUGGCAAACAGGGGGGUUCAGGCAGCUGCGCAGCUAUGGAAAUAACCGGGUGAAAGCAAUGAAACUCUUGGCAUCUUAAUGAAUCUUUCAAGAUCUUCUUCGGUGAAGCGACACUGCCGGGAUUAGUAUUUGGAUCAGGUUUUUUGCGACACACCGCAUGACUCGGAGGGUCAUGCGACAGACAGAGUGAUGAUUUUGCUCUCUCUUUCUCCACGAAGAUGAGGAGACAUAGUAUACAAAGUACUCAGUAGUAAAUACGACCUGUAUAAUAAUCACGAUCUGAAGUUUCGCGACAUCCAAGCGUUCGCUGGGUUUUUCUGAUUCAUCAAAAAAUGUUCUUCAUUCUAGUACCUGGGUAGUACCCGAUGCAGGACGAGGAGGUGUAGAUAAAG